AUGGCUGGUGGAAGGAGAGGUGCAAACAGGACCACGUACUGCAGACCUCCACUGAGCAGUGAGCCAGGCUCCAUGGCCAAUGGAAACCAUUCCACCAGCUCCCCUGUCACUGGGGUCCGGUCCCGCGCCAGGAAUGGGUCUGGCACUUGCAUGUCCAGUCCUCCUCUGGCAGCGCAGACUGUGGUGCCAGUGAAACACUGUAAAAUCCCAGAGCUGUCAGUGGAUCGUAAUGUGCUAUUUGAACUCCACCUUUUUUUCUGCCAUAUGAUUGCUCUGUUUGUCCACUAUGUGAACAUCUACAAGACUGUGUGGUGGUACCCACCAUCACACCCUCCCUCACACACUUCACUUAACUUUCACCUCAUUGACUAUAACAUGCUGGUUUUUACAAUUAUCAUCUUAGCUCGAAGGCUGAUAGCAGCAAUAGUUAAAGAGGCAUCACAAAGUGGAAAACUUUCCUUUCCACAUUCAAUUUUUUUAGUAAUGGCAAGCUUGCUCUUUUUGUGUUACCCGUUUGGAAUGUACAUCCCCUUUUUCCAACUGAGUUGUGACUUCCGGCGCGUAGGGCCACUGUCGCCGAUCGCCAGCAUCGGUUCAAAGGAAGUGAGUGGAAUGGGCCGCGGUAAGGACUACUUCACCGUACUGAAGGAGACAUGGAAGCAGCACACCAGCCAACUGUAUGGAGUCCAGGCCAUGCCCACUCACGCCUGCUGUCUGUCCCCCGACCUCAUCCGUAAGGAAGUGGAGUACCUCAAGAUGGAUUUCAAUUACAGGAUGAAGGAAGUCCUGGUCAGCUCUAUGCUUAGUGCUUACUACAUUGCCUUUGUGCCCGUCUGGUUCGUCAAAAGCACACAAUACGUGGACAAACGCUGGUCCUGUGAGCUCUUUAUUCUGGUGUCCAUCAGUACUUCAGUCGUCCUCAUGAGACACCUCUUGCCCCCGCGCUACUGUGACUUGCUCCAUAAAGCCGCUGCUCAUUUAGGCUGCUGGCAGAAGGUGGACCCCUCUCUCUGCUCCAACGUCCUGCAACACGUGUGGACUGAAGAGUAUAUGUGGCCCCAAGGAGUUCUGGUCAAACAUAAUAAAAAUGUCUACAAAGCAAUGGGGCAUUAUAACGUCGCUGUACCAUCAGACGUCUCACAUUAUCGUUUUUAUUUUUUCUUCAACAAGCCUUUACGAAUACUGAACAUACUCAUUAUUUUGGAAGGACAUCCUGCUGUGUCCCACCAGAGCCCCUCAUAA